CCACCCCUAGAACAGACCCAUGAAAAGAUCUCCGAACAUUUCCGAAUACAAAACGGAAGAGAGAAUACAUCCAGCCACCCGGGUGAAAUUUUCGGACGCAGUCCUGGUCUACUCGAAUACGCUAUAACACACCUGCAAGUGCCAUGAUCUUUUCUGACAGUUGUGAUGUGAUACGAUAUUUUAUCAGGAUUCUUCAAUUUGCUUCCACUUUCUGAUGGCAGACGUUAACAGCGGUUAUGACAUUCGUGGCGAACGAGCUAAAUCGACGAUGACAAUCAUGUCAAUUGCAUGUCAAUGGCUUCGUCGAUAACCAUGGGAACUAGUCGCAUUUGCCGGCAUUAUUAGUGUAUAUACUGUAUUUUAGUGUAUAUACUGUAUAGAUUUUUUUAAUUGCAUACAAUACGUACCUGAUUAAUUAGCACGUUAACGCUGUAUAUUAUCGCUUAUUGCAUAUAAUACCAAUGUCUAGUUUACGAAAGAAAACGUGCAAGAAAACUACUGAAACGAAAAGGACCGACGAUUUGGGAGAUGUAACUAUUGAUGAUUUUGCUAAUACUUUACAAAUCCAUGCGAGACUCAAAAAAGCAGCCACAAGUGUUUCUAUCAAAGUAAAACAAGGAGCAACAUUGAAAGAAAGAUAUAUAUGGGAUGAAACAAAUAAAAGCAUAUUACAAGAUAAUAAAGGAAAUAUUGACAAAGCAGAAUCUUUUACCAAUAUAAGAAAAGGUAGAAGAAAAUGGAGGCCACUUAGUCAAACAGAUAAUACUAAAGAAAAAGAUGGCAUUGAUUAUCCAUUGGACAUAUGGUUUAUAAUUUCUGAGUACAUACCACCUGAAACUGUAGGAAAGUUUGCAAGAAUUUGCAAAAGUUCUUAUUAUGUAACCACUACUGCAAAAUUCUGGUUUCAUCUAUACAAAGUGUAUCACAAAUAUGUACCAGACUUACCUGAGCGUUUGCAACCAGAAUGUAUGAUGCGCCAGCAUGGAUUAAGAGCUUGUGUUAUCAGAGCAUUACAUUACAAUUACUUUACUUGGUUAUUACAACGUGAAAUAGAUGAUGUAUCUUAUCUAAGACAAGAAGAACCACAUUCCCUUGUGAAAAGAAAAUGUACCCAUAUGUGGCAUAAAGAGGGAAAAAUUCGAUGGUAUUUCUUUUUCAAACUAAAGGAGAUUUCCAAUGCUCCAAAAAAUAAUAGUCCGUUAAAGGAAAGUAAAAAGUGUAACAGUGAAAAAACUGAAUUUAUCGAAAUGUUGGAAGAUGUGGCUAUGAAUUCUGAUAAUGGUUGCAAAGUGCUCAGAGUAACUUGCUUAAAAUAUUGUAUGUUACCGCCAGUAAUCGGAUUAAUCUUGCAAACAGUAUCAAUGAGCUUAAUGCCCGGUUAUAGAAAAUAUCGACUUCUACUUGGAUUUGGAACAUCUGUUAUUCCUAGUACACUAACCAAUGAAGUAAUACUUAGCGAUGUUACUGGUUACCGUAUUUUAGAUUGGUGGGAUCCCUAUUAUCCUCAUCAUGAUGCAGUUUACACGAUCGAUUUCCGGCAAAGUGAUUCUGAUUAAGACUCAUUGUACAGUCAGAUGAUUAAAUGUUGCAACACUUCUUCAAUGAGUUUCACAAUAUAUUUCGUAUCCAAUAGAAAAAAUAUUAAGAAACAAAGAAAAAAUAAAAAAAGAAAAGGAAAUUGUUUCCUGAAAAUUGCUAAAAACUAAUUUUUUCUUAUUGGGCACGAAAUAUAUUAUAAAACUUAUCAAAAAAAGAUAUAUCUUUAAUCAGCUUACUAUACAAAUAUUCUGUACUUUGUAUAUAAAGUUGAAAAAAUCUAUAAAUUUUAUAAAACGAUUACAUAUACAUGUAUACUGAUGAGAUGAUGAAUGUAAAAUAAUGCGUUCGCUUCAAUCAAUACCCUUUUCUUAAUAUUUAAACACGAAUAACUUUGUCAUAUCAAUUACGACAAAAUUAUACGGAUGAAAGACAGAUAAUAAGGACAAUAUACGUGAAUUAUAUAAAGACGCUUAUGUACAUCAUAGAAUGUAUAAGAAAAAUAUGUGUAAUACUUCAAAAUAAAAUCUCACGUAUGUAUA